UAAUAAAACAAACGUAACGAAGCUGUUAAAACCGAUUAUUCACGUUUUUUUCUCUCAUUGUCGGUGGAACUACAAAAAAAAAAGUUUUACAUUGGCGUCUACUUAGUUAACAAAGUUAUAGUUACAGCAACAAGAUAGGUGCACAGAAUUUUCAUCAGGAAACAGAAAAACAUGACGGAGAAUAGCGGCACGGCAGAACAGCGCUUGGCCAAGCCGAUAAUAAUCAGCCAUAUCGAGAAGUCGCUGGACUACUCGGUCUUUGACACCAAGUGGAUACCCUGCAGCGCUAAAUUCGUGGUUCUAGGCUCGCGUCCUCGGGGUACUGGUCUCAUACAGAUUUACGAGGUGGCAAGUGGAGGAGUGACCCUCAUUAAGAACAUCGAACGGCCGCACUCCUUCAAAUGCGGAACUUUCAAGGCGUCGAGUUUGAGAAAUCGUUUCCUCGCCACUGGUGAUUUUAAGGGAAAGUUGAACACCUUUGACUUGGAGGAUGCCUCGGUACCGGUGUACAGUGCCGACGCCCACAACGAGAUCAUCAAUGCAAUAGACGGCGUGGGUGGCGAAUCCAUCGGCUGCGGUGCCCCGGAGAUCCUCACGGGCUCUCGCGACGGCAGCGUCAAGGUAUGGGACCUGAGACAGAAAGACCGUCCGGUAGCGGUGAUGGAGCCUGCAGAGGGUGAAAGCCGCAGGGACUGCUGGGCUGUAGCGUUCGGCAAUUCGCACAACAACGAGGAUCGCGCGGUUGUCGCCGGUUUCGACAACGGCGACGUCAAGAUGUUCGAUCUACGAGCGAUGGCCCUCAGGUGGGAGACCAAUCUCAAGAGGGGCGUAUGCUGCCUCGAGUUCGAUCGCAGGGACAUACCGAUGAACAAGCUCGUCGCCACGACUCUUGAGUCUAAGAUCUUUUUGUUCGAUCUGCGGACGCAGCAUUCGAAAAAGGGUUUUGCCUAUUUGGUAGAAAAGGUAAUUGAUUUUUUUAUUUUAUUGGCCCACUCGGCAUCGACGGUCUGGCUGGUUCGCCACCUUCCGCAGAACAGAGAGAUUUUCAUGACGGGUGGUGGCAACGGCUCCCUUUGCCUGUGGAAAUACAACUAUCCUGAAAAGCGGCGAAUCACGAACUCGGAUGGUAUAGACGAGGGCGUAGCUGGUAAGCUAAAGCUACUUCAGCACAACACUAUUUCGAGCCAGCCGAUCAGCUCGCUGGACUGGAGUCCGGACAAGAUCGGCUUAGCGGUUUGCACCUCGUUCGACCAGUGCGUUCGAGUUGUCCUCACCACGAAGCUCAAUCUUUAUUGAGACUCUUGUCUUCAACAAAGAUCCAGUGACACUUGAGAUGAUACUCACACGUACACGGGUUUUAUAAACCGAGAAACUUGGUUGUUGGUAUUUCAAGGACGUUAACAGGAGGCUAAUGGUGACUUCUGGCGGAACGUAGCUCUUAAAUUAGAGGCCGAGGCUGCGUGAUCCAUUUAAGCAGAGGUUUAAUUUUGCGGCCUUACGGUGCUUUUUCAUAUGCUGUCGCUUGUCGCUCGAUGCAACGUGUGCAUAACGUAAAAGCGAGAUGAUGCUGAAAAAAAUAAAGUGUCAAGACUGCUUUGAAUCUAGUGUUCUCGCUACGACUAGCGACAGCGUAAAUAUCACCUCUGCGUUGGUCGAAAGCCCACGCGCCAGUUAAGCUUUUGCUUUUACUGAAUGAGUAAUUUUAUGACAAGUGAGGAUCAAGCGUGAAUUGAUAUCGUGCGCAUUGCGAAUAAUAGCGAUAUCUCUAUUGAGUGAAUAAAUUUUUACUAUUAACAAUGUAAACGACGUUUCAGAUCUCUAGCAUAAUGACGUUAUAAUGAACGAAAAAGUAGAUUAUACAUUUUUUACGUUUGCUGGAAAGAUAAAAUUACCAAAGGAAAUUUGUUCUAUUUCUUAAGCCAAUUAAAUUUUUCCGCACAACAAUAAAGAUACUGUAAAAAAUGACAACAGAGAGGAAUAAAACAGAGUUUUGUAAGAAAAUCGUGUAUCAAAUCUCAAAACGAAACCGACGGAUCUUCCAAUUUGGCGACAAAUCUUCCAACAAAUGCAAUGUCUUUGCCAGCUUGUAUGUAUGUGUCCACAAAGCAUCCCCUCUUCAUAUCCUUUGGAGGACGAUAUAUCAUAUAGAAACAUCCUACAUUGAUUUUCCAAGCGUACACUUCCUCCAACGCUUGUUACACCAACAUUGUGCAACUGUUGGUAGUGUGCGAGUCGGACAGUUGAGAAGCGCGACAUACGACGGACAGAGUGUAAUCAAUCUGCGUGUUUUAUGUAGGCAGCCGUCGCUUUGAAACGGACAUUUAUAUUUCAA